AGAAGCGAGGAAUGAGGGGUUGCGCAAGAGCUGUGUGAGACUAAUAGUUGAGGUGUUUGGCCUGUUGGUAAUGCUGUCAAGUAGGAAAGAUGGAGAAAGAUUGAUUUCCAACGCUUCUUAGAUCAUAUCCCCCCACUUCCCACUUCCCACUUCCCGCUGGCCCACUACUCUAUCUUUGCAGUUGCUUCCAUCUUUCUUCUCUCUCUCUCUCUCAAAUUUCAACUUGCUAACGCCGACCGGUAGUCCUGCAGGUCUCUAUCUCACACUCCAUUACUGGCUGGUUUUUACUGGUUAUGCGAGGUUUAGGGCAAGGCAAAUCUUGUCCUGCUCUGCUAGUACUUGCAGUUUUUGGAUGAGACAUCACCAAAUGAGAACGUAUUUGUUUUUUCUUCACGCACUUCGAUGUUAUCCUCAUUAGUGUCGACAGAUCGAACUGUAGCGGCGGUUGUUGUUGAUCCAUUCAGUUGAUGCUUCUUCUUUCCCAAUUGCGGCGUCAAUUCUCUCAUGGACUUGAUCUGGAGUCACCAUGGCAUUCCCGACUCUUGGCAUUUCCUUAUUGUCAUCUACUUCGCCUUUGGCUUCGUUUUGGCUAGGUUCCUCCUGGACAGCUUCUUGUUUCGUAGGCUGGCCAUCUGGUCAUUGAGUAGUGGAGCUGUUCCAGUGAAGAUUAGUGAGGCUAAGCAGGCAAAAAUUGUGAAAUUCUCGGAGUCUAUGUGGAAGCUAACAUACUAUGCCGCUGUACAAGUUUUCAUUCUUUCAAUUACAUACCAUGAACCCUGGUUCAGGGAUACAAAAGAAUACUUCAGAGGCUGGCCAAACCAGGAGCUAAAGUUACCUUUGAAGCUUUUCUACAUGUGCCAAUGUGGGUUCUAUAUCUACAGCAUUGCCGCUCUUCUUAUAUGGGAAACUCGUAGGAAGGAUUUCAGUAUUAUGAUGUCUCAUCAUAUAAUCACAGUUAUCCUGAUUGAAUACUCGUACAUUACAAGCUAUGACUUGUGUGAAUACCUGAUGCUAUCGGAGACUUAUCCCACAUCAAUGUACUAUGUUUUCAAUACGAUGCUAUUGAUGCUACUUGUGUUCCACAUAUACUGGUGGAUUCUCAUAUGCUCAAUGGUCUUGAGACAGCUGAAAAAUAGAGGGAAAGUUGGAGAAGAUAUCCGAUCAGAUUCAGAGGAUGGUGACUAAGUGCAGAUGAGAGUAAUUUUGAUGCAUCAUCUUUAUGUGGAGAUAUUCUCGUCGAGUUGGUCGUGGUGUAGGUAUUUAUUGAAUCAGCUUUUGAAAAAUUGGACCUUUGAAGGUUUGAUUAUCAUCUCUUAUUCUGUUAAGUGUCCUUAGCUUUAACAGAAAAAAGAGGUGACACCAUCAAAGGAUAUUUAUGCUUGGUCAACCUUCAAUGUAAAUUAGCACUUGUAUAAUAUUUUCCCAAGAUUUUUGGUGUUGAAACUAUGAAAAAAUACAAGGUCGGUAGGUGGUAGGUGGUAGUUUAAUUGAUUUUUUUCUUUGAA